GAAUUCCGGGGUUGGAAACUGUUGGGCCAUGCACGCAUCGCCCCCGAAGAGCUCGAGCGCCGCAGCGAUCUCUUUGUGCGGGGGCUGUGGCCGCAAUUGUUCCACCAAGCCACACAAGCCGCCCGCACGUCCCAGCUUGCCUCCAGGACUGCGCAGGCCGAGGAUGCUGGGAGGGCUUCACGCGCCGCUGCCCUAGUGCACUUGGGGGAGCUUUCUGCUGCGGCUCGCGCGCUGGUCGCUGAGCCGCUUGCACCAGGCACGGACGCGACCGAGUUGCGCGAUCCUGCUGGCGCCCGCCGGGGAGCAGCAGCAGGCCCCUCAGGGGCGACCAAUGAACAUCUUCGAAUCCUGCUCGAUGAUGAGGAGGAUGGUCGGCUUCUCCACGUCGUCGCCAAGCGCCUUGCCCAAGCCGAUGUCCCGCCGCUGGCCCUCGCUGCACUCCGAGUUGGCCGCAUGGUCACGCUGCGCAAGUCCAGGGGUGGCGUGCUGGCCCUUGUUGUUGGAGAUGUCCUUAGGCGCCUCACUGGCCGGGUCCUAGCCCAGACCUAUGCGACCGAGCUGCAACAAGCUUGUCUGCCCUUCCAGUUCGGCCUCAGCACGCGCGCUAGCACAGAGGCCCUUGCACGUGUGCUCGAGGUCGCGACCGAGCUAGAUCCACGGGCCACAGUGCUUUCCGUUGACGCAGCUGGGGCCCAGGAUCAUGUUUCGCGCAGGGCUAUGCUGGAGGCGCUGCACGCCAGGCCUGAGCUGCAGCCACUUCCGCCGUACGCCCGGCGGUUUUACGCCACACCCAGAGAUGGUGUGGGAAGUGCCACUGGCGUCGACCUUCAAGCGGCGUGGCUGCUACUGCGCUACUGCGCUAGUGCGCGAGCCAAUUACCUCCUCCGCGUGUGGUCCCCAGCAGCAACGGCUACUGGGCUUCUCGGCCAUACGGACCAUCCGCUGCCGGAGGGCGCGCUGCAAACAGCACAGCUUGCUGCAGGCUUUGGCGGCCCCGGCUUGUGUUCCGCACUUUCAGACCGCCACGCAGCACACUGGGCAUCCUGGUGCGACGCACUUCCUGUCCUGCGGGGUAUAGGGCACCAGAGGCUGCAGGGACCGCUUGCUCACAGCCCCCGCGCCCAGGGCUACACAGUACGUGACUGGCAGGAAGCCAUGCGGCCCCCUGCUGAUGCCAUCUGCCGCGUGGGCAGGCAGGCCAUUGCGGGUCAAGGCGGACACCAGCGUCGCGUCGCAGCACAGGGCGACCCCGUUCGGCGUGGUGCACUAGGGCAGCGCGCGGAAAAUCCUCCCAGCAUCCUCGGCCUGCGCAAUCUCGCGCGCUUGCUGGGAUGCGCGGGCGGUUUGUGUGGCUUUGUGGAGCAACUGCGGACCAGGGCGCGCACCACCCCCGCACUUGCGCAGCGCGACCAUGCACAGCCAACACGGAGUGCAUUGUGUGGCGGGGAGUGGGCAUGCCUCAGCAGGUUGGAAGGCCGCGACUUCCGGCGCAAAGGAAGCAUAAGGCUCGGGCAGUGGGCGUCGGUCCUCCGGCGCCACACCGGGCGCUGUGGUGUUGGCAAGCCAUUGUUGAGGAACCACUCGGCCUUCUGGCCCGGCUGCUUCGGCGCCGACGGGAGCAGUGAUGAGGCCGUUUCUGCCACAGUCAAUGAGGCGGGGGCGCAGCCGAACCGCGAACUCCCGGGCCGCAGCCCCGCGUCCGCAGCUGCAGAUGCUGCAGAGGGAGUUGCGCCGCGUGCCGACGCAACCGACAAUGGGGAACAGGAAGAAUCCCCUGUGCCACACGCACAGGCACCCGGAAAUUCGUUCCCGCCGGCUGCUUGGGCUUGGCUGGAUGAUAUCAACUUUCAUCACGAGUUCCAAGUGCGGCUCCCAACGCUGCAGUCUGUCCCCCGCUUCCUGACGCCUCGCGUGAGGCGCGCGUUCCUUGCCGCCCUCACUGCCAUCGCUGAUGUGCGGAGUCCGCCAGGCUGCUUGCGCGUGUGGAAGUUGUUCCUGCUGCUGCCGCGGCUCCUUCUCACGCGACGCGACGCCAUUGGCGCGCAAGGACGCGCAGAGCUGUUGCACCGGCUCGAGUUCUUUUGGCGAGGAAGCUGGGCUGAGCUACACAGGCUGAGCCGUCGAGCCGCCGACCGGCAAGGGCGUCCACAACCCGAACGGCUCGGCGACACCAGCGAGGCCCGUGGGGCCCGCGCGUGCACGCUCGUGAGGCGGGGUGAACUUUCCCGGGCAUGCCAAGUGUUGACGGCCGCCGCUCUUGCGCCAGGCGACGCAACCACAUUGCAGGCGCUCACAGACCCAGAUCGCGACCAACGGUCGCGGAAGCCUUGCGCAGUUCCAAACGAGGGAGUGCCGCAGGCCUUUCCGGCGCCACGGUUCAAAUGUACAAUCUCCUCCUGGAUGACGAGGUCGCCAUUGACCUUCUUUAACCGGAGUGGUGCGCCGAAUGGGGCGCGCAUUGCCGGUGAGGGGAGUGGGGACCAGGAUGGGAUUCAUGGCGAGGAAAAAGGCGAGGGAGGGGAGCAGGGCGAACCCUUGAUGCCUGGCUUGUACCCGCUCGCUGCCUACGCCGCACUCCACGAGUUGCAGGCCUGCCUGCGGGACGGAAGGGCCGUGUUUGCGUUGUUCGACGACGUCUACGUCGUCGCGCCCCCCGACCGGGUCAGGGAGUUGUGUGCUGCGGUCGAG